AUGGCUCCCAGUCUCGCACAACUCCCGGAGUACACUCCUCCGACACCCACCAAGGAAGACCUGGACUACGUGGAUCUGGUCAAUCUUGACCUGUCCAAAUUUGAUGACCCUGCCGGUCGAAAAGAGCUUGCCAAGCAAAUGUUCGAGGCCGCGACUGGAUACGGCUUCCUUACGCUCACCAACCAUGGCAUCUCGGACGAAACCUACAAGCGCCAGAUGACGAUUGCCAACGGCGUCAUGACCAUGUCCUCGGAUGACAAGGAGCCUUAUGAAGUCACGCCCGAAGAAGAUGCUCGCGGCCUUUACGUCGGCUUCAAGCCCGCCGGACCUCUCGGACACAAGGGCGGCUUCCCGAAGCAACUAGACCACUACAACAUCCUCGUUCACGAUCCCAAGAACCGCCCGCACCCGGAGCUGCUGCGCCCGUAUAUGCCCGAGACAAACGAGGUGAUGCACUUUAUUCGAACCAACAUUCUCAUCAAGUUGCUGAAGCUUGUGGCCAUGAUCCUCGAGGUCCCGGAGGAGGCUGUGCUCUCCACGCAUGCUCCUGGUGGCUCCAAGACGGAAUACAUCCGCUACAUGAUGUGUGAGCCUCGAUCAAAGGAGGAGAGUGAAAAGUACCGUGACAUCUUCCUGUCUGGACACACCGACUGGGGCACCUUUACUCUGCUCUUUUCCCAGCCCAUCGCAGCCCUGCAGGUGCUCUGCCAUCACACUGGAAAGUACCGAUGGGUCAAGCACCAGCCCCAUGGCAUCGUUGUCAACUUCGGCGAGGCGCUGGAGCGCUUGACUGGCGGUCUGUUCAAGGCCACCAUCCACCGUGUCGUACAGCCCCCUAUGGACCAGCGCCACCUCCGCCGCAUCGGCGUCAUCUACUUCGUCCGACCGGCUGACGAGAGGGAGCUUGUGCCAAUUGAGAACUCCCCGCUGCUUGAGCGCAUGGGGGCUAACACGCCCAUGGAUGAUAGAAUCUUCUGCAUGGCUGACUACUUGGACGCCAGGAAGCAUGGCUGGAAGCGGUACGAGUUUGACAUUGACAAGCCCAGAGAUGAGUCGAAACACGCGGAUUUCUUUGCCGGCGAGUACGUCGAUCCCGAGGGGCACGCGAGUCUUGGCAAGUUCGAUAAUGUUCCUAGGGAGAAGUACACGAUUCCCACGGUCAAGACUUGA